AUGGCUCGAUCGGCUCGAUCCUCUGCGACGCGUCUAAUCUACACCCUCUACUCCUCCCACAAAACGACACCACCUUCAUCCCCAACUCCACUAACCGCGGCCCUCCUCUCCGGGAGCUUCCACCUCCGCCACUUCUCCGCCGGCAGCGCCGCCCGAGUGAAAGAUGAGAAAGAAUCAUGGUGGAAAGAGUCGAUGGAAAAGCUCCGAAACAUCGGAAUUUCGGCGCAUAUCGAUUCGGGAAAGACGACUUUAACGGAGAGAAUAUUGUAUUAUACUGGAAGGAUUCAUGAGAUUCAUGAGGUUAGAGGGAGGGAUGGUGUGGGGGCGAAAAUGGAUUCAAUGGAUUUGGAGAGAGAAAAGGGGAUUACUAUACAGUCGGCUGCUACUUACUGUACUUGGAAUGAUUACCAGGUGAAUAUAAUUGACACUCCGGGCCAUGUUGAUUUCACCAUUGAAGUUGAGAGGGCUUUGCGUGUUCUUGAUGGUGCCAUUCUUGUUCUUUGUAGUGUUGGUGGUGUGCAAAGUCAAUCAAUUACUGUUGAUAGGCAGAUGAGAAGAUAUGAGGUUCCAAGACUUGCUUUCAUUAACAAGCUUGAUCGAAUGGGGGCAGAUCCAUGGAAAGUUCUCAACCAGGCAAGAUCCAAGCUUCGACAUCACUGUGCUGCUGUACAAGUACCAAUUGGGUUGGAGGACGACUUCCAGGGUCUUGUUGAUCUUGUGCAUUUAAAAGCUUACUACUUUCAUGGUUCCAGUGGAGAAAAAGUUGUGACUGAAGAAAUACCUGCCAAUAUGGAAAAAAUGGCUGCUGAAAAGCGGCAUGAACUUAUUGAAGUGGUUUCCGAGGUUGACGAUAAACUUGCUGAAGCAUUUCUCAAUGACGAGUCUAUUUCAUCCACAGACCUAGAGGAGGCGAUUCGUAGAGCUACUAUAGCAAGAAAAUUUAUACCUGUAUUCAUGGGUAGUGCAUUUAAGAACAAGGGAGUGCAACCGCUUCUGAAUGGUGUUCUUAGUUUUCUGCCUUGUCCAAUCGAAGUUAGUAACUAUGCUCUUGACCAAAACAAAAAGGAAGAGAAGGUUAUGUUAUCUGGAAGUCCAGCUGGACCAUUGGUUGCAUUGGCUUUUAAGUUAGAAGAGGGGCGUUUUGGUCAGUUGACGUAUUUAAGAAUCUAUGAAGGUGUUAUUCGAAAGGGAGAUUUUAUCAUCAACAUAAACACCGGCAAGAAGAUUAAGUCUGGAGGUGCCUAUUUUAUGGUUUUUUUUGAGAAUAAUGAUAUUAACAUUGUUGACAUGCUUGCCUUAUUGAAAGGAAAAGUGCUUCUUAAUACAUAUGCGGAUGUUCCUCGUUUAGUUCGGAUGCAUUCAGAUGAGAUGGAGGUUUGUUUCUCUUUACUCUCCACCUCUGCGGAAAGUAGGAUUUCUGGAAUUGAUGCAUUUAUUUGUGGUAAUGGACAGUUGGACAUUCAAGAGGCGCAUGCUGGGCAAAUAGUAGCUGUAUUUGGUAUAGAUUGUGCUUCAGGAGAUACUUUUACUGACGGAUCAGUCAGAUACACAAUGACUUCAAUGAACGUGCCUGAGCCAGUGAUGUCCUUAGCUGUUUCACCCGUUUCUAAAGAUUCUGGAGGACAAACAAUUAUUUCCGGAAUGGGAGAGCUGCAUUUGGACAUAUAUGUUGAGCGUAUUCGAAGGGAGUACAAGGUUGAUGCAACGGUGGGAAGGCCUCGUGUUAACUUCAGAGAAACUGUUACUCAACGCGCCGAAUUUGACUAUUUACAUAAGAAGCAAACCGGAGGACAAGGUCAAUAUGGAAGGGUAUGUGGUUAUGUUGAGCCACUUCCUGUGGGAUCGUCGACAAAGUUUGAAUUUGAGAACAUGAUCGUUGGGCAAGCUAUACCAUCAGGUUUUAUCCCAGCAAUUGAGAAAGGUUUCAAAGAAGCUGCCAAUUCUGACUACUUGUUCAAGCUUUUGCUUAUUGGAGAUUCUGGUGUUGGAAAAUCAUGUCUCCUACUGAGAUUUGCUGAGUCAAUGGAUUAG